GAGUCCCGAGGGCUUCAGGAAUCCGGCCUCCAGUUACGGGACACUCAUGCGGCGAACCAAGGGCCGAGCGCAGGAGUGAGUGAGGCCUUGGGGCAGAGAGGGCAGGAAGGUUGGAGCUGCCGAGGGCAGUGGGCAGGGGGAGUCUGCGGUAGGUCGAGGGAAUGUAAACAGCCCGCUGGAGGCAAAGCAUUUCCGUCCGAGUCUGCGGCAGAGGAAGCCAGCCCGAGGAGUCCUGUUCUAAUCAGAUCUGGAGGCUCCAGUUUCCGCAGCGACUGGGGCUGCAGACUGUCCCGCAGCGAGAGCGGCUGGGACCUCGACUAGAAUGACAGCGGGACGGUGAUCUGACACAGAGAACAGCAGAGGGGCAAGAGAGGACAGGGGCUCCGGCUGCGCUAUGCAUGCCCUGCGGUGUCUGUGUCUGUGCGUGCUGCUGUCCCGAGCGGACUGUCGAGUCCUACCCAGUGCGCGGAGGAGAGGACAGAGACCGUACUCUCCGCUGCUGCUCAGGCAUCGCUCAGGGCCCCACGUGUGUCACUCUGGAGGGAGCACUGUGUGCUGUCCUGGGUGGGCACCAUCGACUGUGAGUGGCCUCUGUGUGAAACCGGUGUGUGCACUGGGCUGUGGCAGUGGGCUCUGUGUGGCACCAAACGUUUGUCUCUGUCAUGGAGGGAAGAAGGAACUCACAUGUGAAGGUGAAGGCCUUGCAGGGGACUUCAUGUCUGAUGACCUUGCAGACAGCUCGCAGGAGGGAAGUCACACCUCCUGCCUGUCUGCAGGAUGUGAGCACAGCUGUGUUCUGAUUGGAGGAUUCCCUAUUUGCAGCUGUUCUCAUGGAUACAGCCUGGCAAAGGAUGGGCGGAGCUGCCAAGAUGUGGAUGAGUGCUCCCGGUUUGGAGGGGCGUCUCUGUGUCAGCAGGUCUGCAGGAACACCAUGGGCUCCUUCCGCUGCCACUGUUACCAUGGCUACCAGCUGUCUGCGAAUGGGCGCUCAUGUGUGACUGUUGCAGUUACCACCAGUCAGGAGGGCUGUGGGCAGUACGGCUGUGAGCUGAAAUGUAAUGAGGGAGGAUGCGAGCUGGUGUCUCGGGUCUGUCCUGUGGGCUUCUCUAUGACAGAGACAGCCAGUGGAGUCACUUGCACAGAUAUUGAUGAAUGUUCUGAAAGCUGGUCGCCAUGCCAACAGCAGUGCUUGAACACUGCAGGAAGCUAUCAGUGCUCCUGCCGACCUGGGUUCUACCUUCAUCGCAAUGGCCGUACUUGUAGAGAUGUAGAUGAAUGCUCCAGCCCUACUCGGUGUCAUCAGCGCUGCAUCAACACUGUUGGCAGCUUCCACUGUGCCUGUCGCCGUGGAUACCGCUACAGCACCCAGAGACACACCUGUACAGAUAUCGACGAGUGCCAGAGGCUGCCCCCGCCCUGCCAGCACCAAUGUCUCAACGUCAUUGGCUCAUUCCGCUGCAGCUGUGCGGAGGGCUUCCGGCUGCUGUCUGGCGGGCUGCACUGUGAGGAUGUGGAUGAAUGUACCUUGAUUCAGAACAGCCUAUGUGAUCACAUCUGCAUCAACACACCUGGGAGUUUUCACUGCAGUUGUUAUGAAGGCUACAUCCUCAGUGAGGACACGAAGUCCUGCACAGGUCUGCCAGACCCUGUGGGCUCUACAACUAUUCAGGAAAUACCUAGGCUACUCCUAAAAAAGAUUGGUACAUCAGCUCCUGAAAGCACAGAGCCUUUGCUAAAAUACUCUACCUCAACUUUUCCAGCAACCAAACCCUCUUCAUUAAUAUCAUAUUCAGCUCCUUCCAGUGUACAGACAAUGACUUCAAACUUAACAUUUUCACAAUAUCAGCCCUCUGUUAAGACCUUUAAAGACAUUCCUAAUACAAAGCAUGUGCACUUGAUAGAUUUCACCCCAGAAAUGACACUUACUACACUGCAGUCCUUCAGUGUCUCAACAGAUGGAAAGUCAUUACCUCAUUCUACAGCCUCUCCCACAAGUGAGGCCUAUGCAAACUCAAAAUCUCUUCUACAAACCCAUCCACUAUUACUAUUAUAUUCAUAUAUAGCUUCUAUAUUUCCUCCUAUUUCAAACAAUCACCAUAGAGCUCUGCACUCCUCAGAGGCCUCAGACAAUAUUCUUCCCACAUUGCACACUCUCCCUAAAUUUUUUUCCUUUCCUGAGGUGCCUCCAGUUACCUCUACAUAUGUUGUAUCUGCUGUGCCAUCCACCCUUCAGGUCACACCAGUGCCCUCUUUCACUUUAUACACUCCAACCCCUCUUUCUCCCAUUGUAACUCCCAAAUCAUGCACCCACCAUGAGGACACUGUCAAUCCAGUUAUACCACCUAUGACCUCUCCACUCUCACAACCUAGUCUUUUGGCCUUUGUUCCCUCGCAUAUUCUUUCUAGAGUCCCUUCUCAUUCACAAAUUACCUCUGCAUCUCCUCUCUUCAUGAUGACUACAUCAGCUUCCCCUGUCUUUAACUUGCCACCACCUAAUGUCCCAUUAAAAAGGUUUACUCCAGAUUUCCAACUAUACCCCACUUCAUGUCCUCUGUACAUAUAUAAAGAAGACAUAAAUGCUUUCACUCACCUUUCUUAUACCCCACUAAAAGAAUCUAUUUCAGCCCCCUCAAAUUUCCUUCCCCAUACAGAGAAGAAUCUGGCUCAGACAUUAUUAAACGGCCUUGAUCAAAGUGAUCCUCACUCCACACACUUCUCCAGCCCAGAAGACUUUAAUGCAAUGCACCCCACUCCGCCACUGACUUCACACGACUUCCUUACUCAAAGCCACACAACAUUUGCCUUGCUCUCCAAAUGGCUACAGUCUGCAUGGUCUGUCUCCACAAUUCUCUCAAUACAACCUUAUCCAGCAACAGCAGUGCCUGUCACAACUCAAACCCUAAGCUCAUUCACUCUACGGACUGAGGCACAGCAGCUAACUCCAUCGACCUCAACCACACAGUGCUCAUACUCACAGAGCAGCUCACUCCACUCCUUUGUAUCCAUCCCACUCCAGCCUAGUUCACAGAACUCAAUUCCAUUCAUAGGAGGUGACUAUGAUGCAGAACCUCAUAUCCAUCCAUAUGCAGCCACAGGAGAGCAACUAAUGAGGGCUGCACCUUUAGACCCCCCUCCUACAGAUGUUGCUGCUCCUGCCCUCACCCCUUCCAGCACAGGGGCUCCACUCACACCUCCACUACCUUCACUGUCCCUUUCUCCAGCGCUUACUACACCCCUUGGCUCUGGGAUAGCCCCGCUCCCCGCCCCCCUCCCAAUACUGACUGCAGUACUCUGCCUCCAUCAGGGGACACAGUACAGUGAAGGCAGCAGCUGGCUGGACGCAGACUGCAACAACUGCACCUGUCUGAAAGGCUCUGUGAUUUGCCAUGACGUGACUUGCACAGUUUCCUGUACACAUCCAGCCUGGGACCCUGACCAGUGUUGCCCCACCUGCAAGCGUUGCCUGUACCAAGGUCUAGUUCUGGAGGACGAACAUACUUUCUCUCCUGAAAAUGAUAGCUGCACACUAUGUCUCUGUCUGGCAGGCAAUGUGACAUGUUUAUCUCCAGUCUGUCCUCCUGUCAGCUGUGCCCAGCCUGUGCUCUCUGAUUGCUGCCCACUGUGCCCAGUCCAGUGCAUGUACCUCGGCCAGGAGUACCCAGAAGGUUCAGAGUUCUCUUCACCUGGUGACAGCUGUGCCACUUGUGUCUGCCUGAAUGGACAGGUUGACUGUUUCUACCCCCCCUGUCCAACACUGGACUGUCCUUUAGAAGACUGGCUGCGGGAAGGAGGGAAUUGCUGCCCCACCUGUGCUCAGACACAGAAGAGAGAAGGCUGUUCUGUGGAUGACAAUGGGUUGGAGUUUCCAGUGGGACAGAUCUGGUCUCCUGGAGACCCCUGUGAGACCUGUGUGUGUCAGGCUGCUGGCAAGGUGGUGUGUCACUGGACAGAAUGCAUCGAGAGCUGUUCUCAUCCAAUCAGGGUCCCAGGACAGUGCUGCCCUGACUGCUCCAUGGGAUGCAGCUACAGAGGUUUGGUGUAUGAGAUCAACGAGAGCUUUCUUUCACAAUCAAACCCCUGUCUCACCUGCAUCUGUCUGGCUGGUUCUGUUGCCUGCUCUCCAGUGCACUGCCAGCCCAAUUGUACCUACCCAUUCCACCAGGAGGGUCAAUGCUGCCCUUUGUGCCAGGACUGUAACUAUGAGGGACGGAAGGUGGGGAAUGGGCAGACAUUUUCCUUGGAAAACCAGCCCUGCGUCCACUGCAUCUGUCAGUUUGGAGAAGUGACCUGUGAAGAGGUGAGCUGUACUGUUACCUGCUCUCACCCCUAUCCCCUGCUGGGAGAGUGCUGUCCUACUUGCACAGUGUGUCUGUACGAGGGUCAGGUCCUGGAGGAUGGAGGCUAUUACAUCUCUGAGACAGAGCCUUGCACUGUGUGCCUCUGUGCUGCAGGGAGUGUGAGCUGUGAGUGGAGAGGAGGUUCCUGCCCAGACCUGCCCUGUGCUGGGCCGCUGCUGCACAUCCCAGGACAGUGUUGCCCCAUUUGCCCAGGACAGCUCUUUGCAGAAAACAAAUACUCUACAGACAUGACUCAGGACUUUGUGUUCCCAACGUCCUCAACUCAGCCUAAGAUUUCAACCUCCCACAAACUGCUCUGUCUCCCUGGAAUCAGUGGAACACCUGUAGAUGACACACUGACUGGCCACACUGACCUUGGCUCCACAGCAACACCAACAGGGUAUUCCACUGUUCAGCUGGUUUUCCAUACAGUCUCAAAUUCUCACCCUGUUCACAAUGCCUCACCUUCAUCUACAGUAUGUUUUACAAUUCAGUCUUUACCUCCUACACUGGAUAGCCCUUCUCUGCAGGCCACCCCCCUACUACCAUCAUCAACCACUAGUGUGGAAACAGGACCUGCCGUCAGACAGACAGUACAGAAGUCAGCAAGCAGUGAGGGAGCAGCGAUAAAGGGCAAAGCUCUUCAAGAGCAGAUACUAGAUUAAACAUUGCUGCUUCAAAACCAUGGAAGAAGAGCCUGCUGCAUCCCUUCAAUACAUUCUGUGGUCUAAUAAUGAGAGAAAGCUGUCAGUGAGAGUAUUCACCACAAAAAAUGGACAUUUAUCAUUUUAAAUAAGAAUAUUCUUUUAACAACUAUAGUUUUAAAGAAAUUGAAGAAAGUGAAAAGGGAAAGCUGUAGAGAUUUCCCAAUGUGAAAUGUUAUGUGUUUUUUAAGUUAAAAAACAAUUGCUUUUCCUUUACCUGUCACUUCCACUGCCUACUGGCCACUAACCUAUUCAUCUUUCUCAUGAUUGUGAGAAAGUUCAGUGUAGAAGCCUGUUAGAUUUAGAGCUCAAACAAAAUAUUUAACUAUUUUUAGUGAAAGGGUAUUUAUCUAUUACCAAAAAAAAGAUAUCAAUGUAACUAUGAAAUUCAGUUCAGGUGGGUAGCUGCGUCAGCAUGCGUAGGCUGCAAAGGAACAAGUAAUAGGUUUAUUCCAUGCUGAAAAAAAGAAGAAAGAGAACACAACGUUUCGGCCGUGGAGCCUUCUUCAGGUGUCUUUUUAAUCUUUACAUUUCAUUGACUAAGGAAUUAGUUUAAAUGUUUAAAAAGCUACAAGUGAAUUGAUUUUUAAACUGAAUAUUGUAAAAAUAGGGAGUGUGUAUAAAACCAAAUAAACAGCAAUGUUAACACACAAAUUAAAAAGGAAACACUUUUAUAUAACAUUAUAGUUGUUUCCCUGUCAGCUUUUAGAAUUUUAGGUUGUUUCCUAGAGAGAGAACCUUUACCUUGAAAUACAAAUGAAAUCAUUAAUACAAAGUCAGUUAUCUGUUUUGUGUAAGCAGUUGUCAGCAUGCUGAGGUUUUAUUAUAGGUUGUAUUUCAACCUCCAAAAUUUCAGAUCAGAUUUCCAACUGAAGUAUCACACCUUGUUAUGUUAUGUGUUGAUUUUGGGCAGAGAGGUGGUGAAGUGGUAACCAUUGCUGCCUUGCUGAGGCCCUUGGUUCAGUUCUGUACCUGUGGUACUAUGUGUGUGAGGUUUGUAUGUUUUCCCUCUGUUUGUGUGGGUUUCCUCCAGGUUCCUCCCACAGUCCAAAGACAUACUGGUAGGUUUACUGGCUUCCGGCAGGGAAAACUGGUCCUAGUGUGAGUGUGUGUAUGCCUGAGAGAGCCCUGUGAUGGAUUGGUGUCCCAUCCAGUGUGUAUCAUGCCUUGCAUACCUUGUAUUAGAUAAAGCAGUUAGAAAAUGUAUGGAUGUGUUGAUUAUCAUUUGGUUAAUUUGACUAUUUUCUGGGUUUAUAUGUUAAAAGAUUAUUGCAUUUUUCAAAUAAUUCAUAUAAACAAAGACAAUGUAUUUACUUAUUUAGUACUUUAUACAGACCAAUAACUAUUUUUAUAUUUUAAAUUAAGAAAAUUAUUUUACAUAAAAUAAUGGAACUAUGCAUAAUUGUUAGAUGUCACUGGGUUGUUUUGUGUCAAAGUAAAAUAAAUACUUAUAUGUUAAGUAUUUAAAAAGACUUAAAGACUUCUUUUGUUG